CCAGCGAGGAAUGCUGUCUGCGCGUUUCUUUGGAGUAUUACGGUGUUCCCUGCAGGAGGCUCUGUACGUGGCAGCGGGUGAAGACCCUCUCUGUGCUGCUCGUUCCCUCGAGCUGAAGACUCCAACUGCGCGGACGAGACACCGAGAGUCGUCGCUGCCCACGGUCCCGGGACGGUACCGGUUAUUGAAAAAGAAAGAAUGAGGAAAUCCUUGUGUUUCACCUCCUGGGCUCUGCUCUGCUUCUGCUGCUGCAUCACACAGGCAGAGAUCUUCACAUCCAUAGGUCAGAUGACAGAUCUGAUCCACACAGAGAAGGAGCUGGUCCAGUCUUUGAGGGAGUACAUCAAAGCAGAAGAGUCCAAGCUGGCUGAAGUCAAAAGUUGGGCCAAGAAACUGGACGCUCUGACCCGAGUGUCCACCUCUGAUCCAGAGGGCUACCUGGCCCACCCAGUGAACGCCUACAAACUGAUGAAGAGACUCAACACGGAGUGGUCUGAGCUGGAGAGCCUGGUGCUGCAGAACCCCUCUGAUGGGUUCAUUUCCAACAUGUCCAUACACAGACAGUACUUCCCAGAUGAGGAGGAUGAGACGGGUGCAGCCAAGGCGUUGAUGCGUCUUCAGGACACGUAUCAACUGGAUUCUGAGGCCUUCUCUAGAGGAAAGCUGCCAGGAAUGCAUCCCAAUGCCAUACUGACGGUGGAUGACUGCUACGACAUGGGGAAAACUGCCUAUAACGAUGCAGACUAUUAUCAUGCUGUGCUGUGGAUGCAGCAGUCCUUGAAGCAGCUGGAUGCGGGCGAGGAAGCUGUGGUCUCCAAGGCGGACAUUUUGGACUACCUCAGCUACUCCGUCUACCAAAUGGGAGACCUGCCUCGAGCCAUCGAGCUGACCCGCCGCCUGGUGGCUAUUGAUGCCAACCACCAGAGGGCAGGAGGAAACCUCCGUUAUUUUGAGCGGUUGCUGUUCAAGCAGAUGAACACGUUGAACCAGGAGCAGCAGCCGGCCUCUGAGGAGCCCAUCCAGCUGGGAACCUACAGCAGACCCAAAGACCAUCUCCCAGAGAGGGAGAUCUAUGAGGCGCUCUGCAGAGGAGAGGGGCUCCAAAUGAACGAAGCGAGGCAGAGCCGUUUGUUCUGUCGCUACCAGGAUGGGAAGCAGAACCCUCGUCUCCUGCUGAAGCCCGUGAAGGAGGAGGACGAGUGGGACAGCCCCCACAUCGUGCGCUACCUGAAUGUCCUGUCAGACGAAGAGAUUGAGAAGAUUAAGGAGCUUGCUAAACCCAGGCUCGCCAGGGCCACCGUUCGUGAUCCCAAAACAGGAGUCCUGACCACAGCCAACUACAGAGUAUCAAAAAGUGCAUGGUUGGAGGAAGAGGAUGAUCCGGUUAUUUUCAGAGUCAAUCAAAGAAUACAAGACAUCACAGGUCUCGCAGUCGACACUGCAGAGCUACUUCAGGUUGCAAACUAUGGAGUUGGAGGACAGUACGAGCCACAUUAUGACUUCUCAAGGCGUCCUUUUGACAGACAACUCAAGGUCGAUGGAAAUAGACUUGCUACGUUCCUAAACUACAAAGAUGAGCCUGAUGCUUUCAAAAGAUUAGGCACGGGAAAUCGCGUGGCGACUUUUUUGAACUACAUGAGUGAUGUGGAGGCAGGGGGUGCUACGGUGUUCCCUGACUUUGGAGCAGCAAUCCGGCCGAGAAAGGGGACCGCAGUGUUCUGGUAUAAUCUGUUCAAGAGCGGAGAGGGAGACUACAGGACUAGACAUGCAGCCUGUCCUGUCUUAGUAGGAAGUAAAUGGGUGUCAAACAAGUGGAUUCACGAGCGAGGACAAGAGUUCAGGAGACCCUGCGGCCUCACAGAAGUCGACUGAAGUUUGAUGCACAUCUAACAUACACACACUCCCUCACAAACAUACUGACCAUUGACCAUCUUAUUUCUAUUUUAUUAAUUCAACUCUGACACAUUCUACAAACCUUACAUGAGUGUUCGCUCUCUCAACUUGUCUCCAUAAUUGACAAAUGUUUUAUGACACUGGAAUGGGAGAUAUUACCCUUUUUAUUUUUUAUAUUUUUACCAGAAGAUGUAGAGUUAGUUCUCACCACCACUCACAUGAUUAAAGAAGUGAAUAAAGGUCAGACUGAAACUUUUUUUUAUUGUAGUUCAGAGUAACUAUCAAAUAUAAAAACCACAAAACUGUAUCAGUUCAAUCUUGGUUUUACAGAUGAAUGAAUAUGAUGUGAUUCUCCAAAAUUAAAUCCAAAUGUGUCCACUGUCAAAUCUUCCCAUUGAUGCCAGAAACUUGUGUAUUUUGGCUCUCGUGUCAACAGUUUGUCUCUGAGACUGCUUUCAGAAGUAACUUUUCAAAAUAAAAGCAUUAGCAUUAGUGCUUACAGAGCAGGUUUUUAUGAUUAAUUUCAAAUUCAAAUGCACAUUUGCCAAUAGUGAAGACGACAUGCUUCUGGUAAUGGACUCGUUGGACCCACAUCUGGACUCUGUGUUAAAUUCACGUGUGGCAAAUUACUCCACCACCACCUCUGCUUCAUCAUUCUAUGGUAUGUGCCCAAUAUAAUAAAAAAGUUGACGUGAGAAGCAGUCUAAGGAAAACAGCUGCUCUGUAUUUCUUAUUUCAAACAACAAUAACAGAUGGAACAUCCAUCGUUAUCAGUCAGACACAAACAGACUCAAGAACUGUGUUUUCAUUGCUAUUAUUUUGUGGUUUAAAUGAUAAGUGUCAUUUUAUUUCAUCCUUCAUUUGCAUCCAAAGUGUUCCUCUCUGUCAGUCCUGAUAAAAAAAAUAUAUACAUACAAAAUACAUUUUCCUCCAAAAUCAUGUCCAGGACAUUUUAAAUUAAUAUAGUGUUUAAAUUAUUACACUGUUCUUACAUUGUGUGCUUUCUACAAGAUGGCUAACAAGCAAGUCAAUAAACGG